GUCAAGAAUUGUCAACAAUUGUUCCAUUUGUUGUUAGAACUUGUUAAUAAUAAUAAUUGUUAUGAAAUUUGUUAAGUGUGGAUUUAUAGUUAUAGUAUUGUUAAUAUAGAAUUUAAAAUGUUGGAUUCUUCCCCAGAGGACGAGGACUUUCCUGGUCGCCUUUUGCAUCAGUCAGCUUUGUGGGAUAACACAGAACUUUUAGAGGAUCUCCUAGCUGGCGGUCAGCAAGCAUUUAUUAAUUCUCAGGAUAGCUGGGGUAGAACUCCUUUACAUGCUGCAGCAAUAACAGAAAAUUCUAGAUGUCUAGAAAUUCUAUUAAAUGCAGGGGCUGAUCCAAACAUACAUUGUGGCCCUCGAGGAGACAAUAAGACCCCUUUGCAUUUAAGUUCAGAGCAUGGACAUGGCAGCAACAUACAGAUAUUAUUGGAAAACAAUGCAAAUAUACUAAUGAGAGAUUCCAAUGGUAUGACUGCUUCAGAUUUGGCUGAUAAAUGUGGACAUAUCAAAUCUGUUGAGAUCCUUAAAAAAGCUGCCAAUGAAAAAGAGAAAGCCAGACUGGAUCUUCACGCAGCCAUCCGGGAUGCUUGUAGCCACGGUGACGCGAAUUCUGCACAGCAACUUAUUUCCUCCCUAGGUGACGAUGCUGAACUCAUCGUUAAUAUGGCACCCAGUGGUGCUAAUACACUAUUGUUUACUGCUUGCCAGGUAGGCAAUAAAGAUAUUGUGAAAUUGUUGCUGGACUACGGCGCUGAUGGUAGAUGCCAUUCAGUAACCAAAUACUCGCCAUUAUACAUUGCUUGCUACCAUGGACACCAGGAAAUUGUCGAAUUAUUGCUAAUGAAAUUUCCCGAGUUAGUUCAACAACACACUGUAGAGCGAUGGCUUCCCAUACACGCGUGUUGCAUCAACGGACACGUUGUCGUAUUAGAGCUGCUUUUUUAUUUUCCUUACCCGUCCCACAUUCUACGAAAAUUCAGGGACACUACAGAGCAAUGGGAGUACCAUAUGCCCUUCGAUAUAAACGAACGCGACGCAACCGGACAAAACAUACUGUAUGUGGCUAGCCUGUUGGGAAACAAAAAACUCGUUGAUGUAAUAUUAAAAUUUAGAGUUAAAGCUACUCGGAUAGAACCUGGAGGCGAUAUGACACCAACUUCUGAAAGUAAUCUAGUUAUAAGUCCGGUAAGAAGACGAAUUUCGGAUGGCAUACAGUCUAUUAUGUCGAAAUUUAGUUUUACGAAAGAUGCCGAAACCGAGAACGAUCCCAAUACCACGGUUAUAUGUCCAUUACAUAUUGAUAUAUACUGCAAUAAUAAUACAGAAACUGCUCUACAUGCAGCAGUAAAAGGAAAGAAUUAUGACAUUAUUUUCGCUCUAUUAAAGUCGGGCGCAAACGCCAAUACUGUGAUAAAGGCUUACCACGACAUAAAUGAUAGUUUGGCUAAUUGUUCUGUUGAAGAGGAUUUAAACUACUGCCAGUCCAGUGGAUUAGUCGAAGCUUGUAAAAACCGCGAUGUACCAGUGGUGGAUUUAUUGUUAAAACAUGGCGCCCGAGACGACGACUGUAAAGCACUGGCCUUUGCUGUGGAAAAUAAAGACGAAACACUUAUUCCAAAGUUAUUGUCUAUUAAGGCGCACCCAGAUCCGGAAUACAAAAUAAACAAAAAGGCAAUGACUGAAAACGUGAACUCCUCCCAAUUCACAAUUUUCUCAAACGUUACCAACUUAACUUACAGUACUUUGUUUCCCAACACACCCACAAUGAUUAACUGGCAUAAUCAAAAAUGUAACCUGAAUCAAAUUAAAACGCAGUGGCUCACUGAUGCAGCUCUCAAUUUAAACCCUAAAUUAAAGCAAAAUCCUAGGAGCUACGACAUAGCUUUGUAUGCAAUAACUCGCUUGGAUAUAUCCAACAAUAACUUAACCUCCGUACCUUUAACAGUGUUUCAACUGUACAGUUUGAAAUAUUUAAACAUGGCGCAAAAUAAAAUAAACAAACUCCCGUUGCCAGUUGCAAGUCCGACGAAGAAAAACCUAAGAAGACGGAGCAAAAGCGUGGAAGAUCCAAACUAUGCUUGUCCAGUUUUAGAGGAACUGUACAUUCAGGACAACAGGCUGGAUCAAAUUCCCGAAGCCAUUUUUAGGUUACCUGCGUUGGUUACCUUGGUUGUUUCGAAUAACAAGCUGCAAGAGCUGCCUUACAAUAUGUGGCUGGCUCCCAAGCUAAAGGAACUAAACGCGUCCUUUAAUCUAUUAAAAGACCUUCCCAGCGAAUUGGUCCUAAAAGAAGAAUUUGAUAGGCUUAGCGUCAGUUCAAGCGACAGUCAGUUAUCGAGUCACUCUGUAGAUCCAGAUACUGAAACAAAUAUGGUCGAUUUUGAAAUUGACUCAAAAUUACUUGGGUUAGACGAAGGAUUCCAGGCUGUUCGAUUUAAGAAAAAAGAACGUGAUUACAGACAAAUGGAAUUGAGUAAACAUCACAUAUGGAGUAAAAGCGUAGAAGUGACCGAACAAAUUUUACACAAUGACGAAUCCGUAUCGGAAAAAUCAUCCCAACUGUCCGCCCUAAACCUUGCCCACAACCUUUUUACCAGCAUACCCGUCGUACUGCCUUGUCUGGCCGUAAACCUCACCCGUUUGAACAUGGCUUUCAACACGCUGAGAUCCAUGUCGCAUAUUACCAGCUACCCGAGUUCUUUAAAACAGUUGGAUCUGAGCCACAAUCAAAUAUCCGUAUGGCCAAGUUUGCCGCAAGUUGAGGCUCAAGAUAAAAUGGAGCUGGCCAAUUUAAAUUGUUACUCUAAUAAUUUGGCCUCCAAAGGAAAACUCCCUGAAGCAGUUAGGAGACAAAAUAGGCAAUCCGUGCGCAAUACGGUCCUACAUUCUGUUUGUUCUCAUAGAAGGCAUUUAAAAUUGGACAAUUUACGUACUCUUAUUUUGGCUGAUAAUCAGCUUAAUCGCAUACAGCUUGCCACAGACGAUGAUGGUGACAUUAGCAGUACUGAAGAUGAAGACAUGGAAAAGAAUCCGGUGACAAACAAAGCUCGAUUAAUGUUUCCGAAUUUGUCGAUGUUGGAUGUUAGUAACAAUUUGCUUAAGGAGAUACCUUACAAUAUUUACGAGUUGGGAAAUUUGUCGGUGUUGAACAUUAGUGGAAAUUUAGACGUGAACGAACUGCCGCCGCAAAUGGGCCUGCUUUCGCGGCUGUGGAACCUAAACACACGCGGCUGCUCGUUACAGGACCCGCUUAAGUCGAUGAUCGACAGCAAAAAGUACAAAACGAUGGACAUAAUCGGCUACCUGAAAUCGGUGCUGGAGGAUGCGAGACCCUACGCGCGCAUGAAGCUGAUGAUCGUGGGUGUGCAGGGCAUCGGCAAGACCAGUCUGCUAGAACAACUCCGACAGGAGGGUGUCAGCAGAAGGCGACCAGAACAUUGGGCUAAAAGAAUGGGAAACAAAAAUAUAAACGUAAAAACCUCAAGAGGUACAAAUAUGUCGACAGUUGGUGUAGACAUAGGCGAUUGGAUGUAUGAGAAAAAACUUAAAUCACAAUCGCACGGCCCAGUAUUGUUUAGGACUUGGGAUUUUGGUGGCCAAAAAGAGUAUUAUGCAACUCAUCAGUAUUUCCUAUCCAAAAGAAGUUUAUAUUUGGUGGUGUGGAAGAUAACAGACGGCCACAGAGGAAUCAACGAAAUACUGCAGUGGCUUGUUAAUAUACAGGCUAGAGCGCCGAAUUCGCCAGUAAUCAUAGUCGGCACACAUUACGACCUAAUUCAAGAAUUCAGUCCAAACAUUUCCGAAGAAUAUCAACAAAUAAUUAGAGAUAGAUUUAUUAACAUAGUCGACGCGGAAAAAUGCGGCUUACCCAGGGUGUUGGACACUAUAGAAAUUAGUUGCAAAUCGAGACAUAACGUUAAGUUGCUUUGCAGCUUAAUAUACGACACAGUAUUUAGUCUGAGACCUCCGGGUAGUAAAGAAUUGUUAUUAGAACAAAAAGUACCCGCGACUUACUUGGCUUUAGAAGACAUAGUGAAUUACGUAGCUUUGGAAAGGAGAGCGAAUGGUUUAGAUCCAGUAUUAACAGCAGAUCAGUACAGAACCAUUGUGACGACAGAAAUGCAACAAAGGUACAACAAAACGUUCAGGGACUGGGCCGAGUUGCAUCAAGCAACACUAUUUUUACACGACAAUGGUGUCCUUUUACACUACGACGACGCCACUUUGAAAGAUUUAUAUUUUUUAGAUCCUCAGUGGUUGUGUGACAUGCUGGCGCACGUGGUUACUAUAAGGGAAAUUAACCCCUUCGCGCGCUGUGGGGUGAUGAAACUCGAUGAUCUAAAACACAUAUUUAAAGCCAGCAAUAUAGGUCACUUAGAUACAAGAGGUUACAUUGUAAAUCUAUUAAACAAAUUUGAAGUUGCUCUUACUUGGGACUCACGUACCUUACUGAUACCUUCGUUGCUGCCCUCGGAAGAAGACCUUCAGUUGGCUAUGAUGUAUCCAGGCCAAUACCCACCUCUCAUCAAAAUUAAAGUGCCAUUGCGUUCUCGUGGUUGGGCUGUAAGAAACAAAAAAAUUACCGUUUCGCCAAAAUCCGUCUUGUAUAGGGACAGUUCUCAGGGCAAAUUCCAAAUGAGUCUCCCUUCAACUUCCAAAACUAGUGAACCUCCUGAAGAAUUACCCCGUUAUCAAAUAAAAUGCCAACCUUCGGACAAAUUAAUAACUCGUUUACUUCUUAUGUCCUAUUUUCCUUCUGGAUUUUGGUCGCGAUUGAUGUCGCGCAUUCUGGCAGACGAUGCCAUAAUUGACAUUAUUCGUUCAUUCUUCGUGUUGCCCAAAGAGGUUGCCAACGAUGUUUACCUAAACAAAAUAUUGGACUUUAAGGCGGAAUGGAUAUUGUGGCAAACUGGCUUACAAUUAAAAUAUGGCAACAUUACUUUGUUCCGUAUGAGAGAGGUGUUACUAAACUCCUCUGCCCAAUACAGACAUUUAAAGUUUAGGCUUAAACAAGAUGGUGUAUGGUGUGACGUGGAUCUUCAAAGCACGUCAGUUCUUGAAAUACAUUUUCCAGUAGAAUCCCUCGUAGUAAAGCCAGCUUUUAAUGAUUCUAUGGACGCAGCAGAUCUUAAAAUUAAAGAUGAAUUAAUCAUAAACAGUACCUUAGAAUGUACCGCUCAGCUUCUAGCCAUGGCUGUUGACCAUAUUGAUAUCCUUUUAGAGGAUUGGUAUCCCACACUAGGUACAAGAUUUGUCCAUACUUCAGAGGGAAAAUUUUUAGUUACCAGGUUGGUUCCGUGUCCUCAGUGUCUGGCAAAAUCUUUAGAUUCGGAUCAAAGCUUAAACCCGAAUGAUUUUAAUCAAUCUAGAAAUUUGAUGGAGGAAAUGCAGCAAGCUGAGCAAGAUGGGGCAUAUAACAUGAGAGGAAUCAAUAUGGAGCUUCCUGAUAACCAUUAUCGAAUACGUAAAUCACAGGAGUCGUAUACUUCAGAAUGUGACAGUGGGGUGGGUCCAGAUUCUUCAGGUUCCAGUCGGAUGCCCUCUAUGGAAGGACACCCUGGAGUUCAAAAUGACAAUCCCAAUAUCCAAUCGAACAUUUCUUACUCGUGGAUGGUGGAAGAGUGCAUUUUAGCAGCCUAUGGAAGCAAAACUGUCAAUUGUCCGACUCAUGAUGACGUACCUUUGUCGCGAGUAGCUCCGGAUGCUAUAUUUUUGGAUUUGGGGGAACGGUAUAUAAUUAAACCUGAAAAUAUCAAAAAAGGUCGUCUUUUGGGUAGAGGGGCAUUUGGUUUCGUUUUCAAAGGCAGUUGCAAAAUGAGAGGUUCUAAUAACACAAUUGAUGUUGCAAUGAAAAUGCUGCAACCUGUUCAACCUGGUCCUAAUGCUAGUCAAUCUGCUGUCAUUGCAUAUAAGGCGGCUCAAGGCAAAUGGGAUAGAGACCCUUUGCAAUAUGCAUGUAAGGCGUACUGCACAGCUAGACAGGAACUAAACAUUCUUUUAUCAUUAAGGCAUCCAAAUAUUGUGCCUUUUGUUGGAGUUUGUACCAGUCCUUUAGCUCUGGUACUCGACUUGGCCCCACAAGGAGCCCUAGAUCUGGUGCUUAGGCAUUAUAGACGGUCGGGGGCCAAAGUAGGGCCCUAUACCUUACAAGCUAUUAUUUUACAGGUGGCAAAAGCUAUAGAAUACCUUCAUAGGCAGCACAUAAUUUAUAGAGACCUCAAGUCGGAAAAUGUUCUUGUUUGGGAAAUGCCUGCUCCGUUUGUGGAUCAUCCCGAUCAUACGGUUCACAUUAAAGUGGCCGAUUACGGCAUAAGUCGACUAACGUUACCGUCGGGAACAAAAGGUUUUGGUGGCACGGAAGGUUUCAUGGCACCUGAAAUAAUGAAGUACAAUGGAGAGGAAGAAUACACUGAAAAAGUGGAUUGCUUCUCAUUUGGCAUGUUUAUUUAUGAAUUGUUGACGCUUCAUCAACCUUUUGAGGGGCAUGAAUCUGUUAAAGAGUGUAUUUUAGAGGGAGGAAGACCACCAUUGACAUACAGGGAAACGUUGUACCCGAGUUAUUUCUUGGAUUUGAUGGUGCUGUGCUGGUCCCAGCAACCAAAAGACCGCCCAUCGGCCUCGCAGAUCGUCUCAAUAGCGAGCGCACCAGAGUUCACUCACUUGAGUGACGUGGUGUCUUUGAAGCAUCAAGCUCCUGUGGUGGCUUCCACCAGCGCCGCCCUUACCCACAUUACCGAAGACGGCCUGUCCGGCUCGGAGAUGUGGCUAAUGUGCGCUAACUCGCGCAUCGAUUUGCUUCUAGCGGCGGACCGCGGAUGGCUUCAGUACCAUACCAUGCCGCUUCCGAUAAGACCGACAGCUGCUUGCACUGUGGUCAACUCCAUUUGGAUUGGGGACUAUUCCGGAAACUUGCACGCCUACUCAUCUAGCGAUGGAUAUAAACUAUUUACUUACUCUCUGGAAUCGGAAUCAAACACCCAAGUAGAAGCUCUUCUGUACUUGCCAGCUUUAAAACGUGUCGCAUGUGCUUUAUCCAACGGCAGACUUUUUCUGCUCAACUCGGAAUUUUAUCCAUCGACUCCAACGGCAGCCGAAGGAUCAUUUGUGCUGACGGAAUUAGGUUCAAAUUCGACUAUCAACUGUUUGUGUGCUGCAUCUUCAGACACUUCAAAUGUUUGCGAACUCUGGUGCGGCGAGAAAAACGGUCAAAUUUCCAUUUUCACUAUUAAAGAUCAAGUGGUGGCUGGGAAAGAAGUUCUCAAUCAUUAUCAGCCCAUAAUCGAAAAAGUGGAUGUUAUGAAUAUGGUUGCUGUAGAUAAUUGUGUAUUCACUUACGUUCAUCCCGGUUGCAUUGUUUAUCAAUGGGAUCAAAAAUCCAGAACUAUAGUCAAUAAAUUAGACUGCUCAAAAUUAGUGCCCUGCUCUGAAAGCCUUAAAUCCAUUGCCAUUGAGGAGCAUCUGAGCCCAACCAAUUGUCAAGUUACAAGUUUGGUAAUAUUAAAUUCGGAUUUAUACAUAGGAACCACAUGGGGGUGUAUAAUUAUUGCAGAAAGAACAUCCCUUCGCCCAAUAACUAUAUUUAGGCCGUAUGAAGAGGAAGUUCGUGCUAUAGUUCCAUUGGCUCGUUGUAAAAAUACCAAUGGAAGUAAUGAUAACACUCCUUUAAUCGCCACGAUUGGCCGUGGCUAUAGAAAUUUGCUAUCUAGAUAUACCGACGUACCUGUUGCUAUUGGCACCCCAUUACCCAGCCCUAUGGGUAACAAUACUUUGAUAACAACUGGUAAACCAAACAUGUUUGUGCUUCUAUGGAGAGCAGAACACUGGAAUACCGAUUAAAUUUAUUUUUAAGUUUAAUUUUAUUUCAUUCCACACAACGUGAUAUUUUGUGAGAUUUUAUUUAUGUAUGUCCUUAUUUUGUUUGGUUUAAUAAUUUUAAUUUUACUGACUGGUUUUAAAGGACUGUGAUUUUUUCUUGUCAUUUAUUUUAAUUGUUGAUUAUAUUGAUUAUAU